AUGAGUCCAGAGAGAGAAACGCUGUUGGAUGACAUAGAACAGAGUUUAUGGACUUUAACUGAGGAUAAUUUACGUUAUCUAUGUGAGCGUUGUGGAAUAUGUGGCAAAGAUGGAUCUGAAGUCCAAGGAAAGAGUGUACGCUCACUGCAUCGUAAAAUAAUGAAGGAAUAUUGUGAGAAUGCUGAUUUAACAGAAUCAAAGGGCCAGGGAACGUCUCGGUUACUCCAACUGAAAGAAGACAUUAAAGGAAUACAGGAAGAUGCCAGUGGUGCGCCCACGAGUCCCAGCCAGUCGGCGACAGCGGAGGUGGGCAGCUCACAAGCAUGCUGCGAUGGAGAACAGCAUGAGGAGGGAGGGGUUUGGUUUCCCAGCAGGAAGCUGGAGGCAGACCCAGUUCCACAGUGGCUCAUUAUACCACAGCAGAGGGAGAGAGUGAGAGGGGUGAGUAUUCCCAGUUAUAAGGAGUUCAACAUUCAUGAACUGAUAGAUCUGAAUCAGGAAGAUUAACUCGGCCUCAGCAGCAAAGGUCCUAGAACAUCAUGUUGAAAAAUAGACUGUGAAAGGGAUACAGUGAACUGUAAUAUAGAAGCAGUUAUUAUGUCUCUGUUUUACCAGGUAAUUGCAAUGAGUUAACCUUUUCAAACAGUCAAACAAUUUCACACACUAACAAAGAUACAGGGUGAGGAAAUGGUGACAACCGACUGCUACCUUGCCGCUAACCCGUUGAAACAGUUGUUUUUACAUUUGAGGUUACCAAGCUCCCCUUCUGUGUGUGGUGGUUUUUGUGUUUUUUUUUUUUUUUUUUUAGAACGGUGAAGCCGAACCCAAUUCGCCUCUUUCUUUCAAGUCUGAGACCAAAUCUACAGAGUCACUCAGUCCUGGCUGUGACGGUGGAGCCCAGGGUGGACAGCAGGGCUCCAGAGACGGUGUCUUGGCGGGCUCUCUAAAGAGGGUUACAGUGCUGCUGGACGACUGCAGAUUUAUGCUGGGCCAGAGAGUCAACAUCAAAGUGGAAGAGGAGGAGGAGAUGAUUUCUGUCUUCGCUAAUGAUGGUAUGAACAGAACAGAUUAUGAACAGAACAGAGUGCAUUGAAAACCCACUACAGGGGGUGAUGAAGUCGCAUCGUGUUCAGGGCAUGUUUAAAAAAAAAAUAUAUAUAUGUUUUUAGAAGAUUAUAUAUUUGACCCUGACUCCUUGGGUGUCUAGUCCAAUCGCUGGAAGGCGCAGUGUCUACUGGUCACUGCAGAGGAGUUGGGAAACACAUGUUCUACAACAUAUCCUAUCCCACAAAGUUAUUGAUUCCUAGAUAUAAUAGAACAGUGUGUGACCUAAUAGAAGUUGUCCUUUUGCUGUUUUAUUGUGUUUAAUGACUGUCUACUGCUGUAAUGCCAAACGUGUUCAACGUUGAUAUGGUGUAACUUGUUGCAGCAGCUGACACGUUUUUCUGUUGUCGUUCAUACAGGAGAGAGCUCUGAGUCCUCAAGUCCUCACAGUUCUCAACGCGAGAAGAGCUCCAAAAAACAAUCACAUCUUAAACGGCACCUGCACACACACUCUGGAGAGACGUCUUCCCACUGUUCAGGUAGCAAAGAAAGCCUCUCUACUGUGACCUUGUCAAAGAGACCCAAGAGAGUCCAUCCUAAAGAGAAGUUUCAUAACUGCUCUGACUGCGGGAUGAGUUUCUCUUCAGCGGGAUGUCUCAGGAAACACACGCUGUUGUUCCAUUCGGGAGAGAAACCCUUCCACUGCCUAGAGUGUGGCGAGAAGUACACUAGAUCAGAUCAGUUGAAAGAUCAUAUGGUGAUACAUUCUGGUGUAAGACCUUACCAAUGCCCUGACUGUAAAAAUACAUUCUCUAGCAGUAAAUGUCUCAAAAUGCACUUGCGAACUCACUGUGCUGACCGGCCUUUCCACUGCUCACAG